UAAGAUUUUGAAUUUGAAAUCCAAUUAGACUAAUAAUUAAAGAGGUUAAUCAAAGGCUAAAUCUCUAAAUAAACCUUAUAAAAAAGGUACGGAGUUUAGACCAACAUUUUAUCAACAAUUUUCCCAUCAUUUCAACAGCUACAGUUUGAUCACAGAUCAAAGCAGCUAAAAGCGAAGAUCACAAGGAGAGAUGGCGGAGAGAGACGUGGUGGAUGAAGAGUUCAACGAGGAGAGGGCGAAGAUCGAUGAAGAUUUGGAGACGAGCAGCGAAAGUAUUAUCGCCGCGCUCAAUAUCGCUCUCAUCCUCUCUGCUCUCUCAUCGUCUGAACCCGAUGAGCAGCGUCUGAAUUUGGAUGAAAUUGAGGAGAGAGAAAGUGGAAUCCGAGGUAAAACCAGUGGAUCGAGAUCGGAUUUCCGCAACCAGGUGGGUGGAUUUAGCCGUGCUCUUGAACGGCACCAGUCGUCCAAGAUUCAAGCCAAGAUCAGAGACUGCAGGCACAGCAGAAGAUUGUGAAGCGUCAAGGAGAUUAUAGACACCCAUGUAGAUAGAGCGAUAUAUCAUAUAUGCAUCAUCGCCUACCAUCUAAUUUUGCAUUAGAUAGUGUUGCCUCGUAUCAACCGUGUUUAUUUAUCGGUGACUCAAUCGAUACCAACAUGUUAUGUUCGCAGUCCAAAUGCAUUAACGACAAAGCACAGCUCGGCUCAUAGCUGGUAAGAUGUUUCUCCUCUAUUCAUUAAGUCGAUGUUUGAGUCAACAGGGAAGAAUUAUUGUGCUUGUAGCUAUCAGAAAAUGUAUCACUCCCCAAUGUAUGAUCAUACAUCAUGUUUGUUUCCAACAAUAA